UGCAUGCUGCCUCUCCCCCUCUCUCCGUCUCCUUCCCCGUCUGGGAUCGAGCUGCGUUACUGCUGCGGCUGCUCUGCUGCAAAGUCCUGUCAGCUUCGAGGGGAAGAGCUUAGAGCAUGACGUCACGCCCGGGCUUGUCUGCGGAGCGUUCUGAUUUGUUGGCUGACCACUUCGUCGUGAGAGUUCUCAACCAACCAACCAAUUGACGCAGAACACGUGGUACCGGAAGGUUCUCGCUCGAAAAUUUACUCUCCAGUCUGCAUAUCAAGUUGCUGCGUCCUAGUUACCGUGAUCAGAGGGUACGUGAUUGAUACUCGUCGCUGCGAAGCUGAAGCUGAUUUCUGCUCUAUUCAGCUGGCCGCCACCGCCGCCGCCGCGCAAACUCUAUGUGGCCGUGAAGGUUCUCUCCACACUAUCUGCUUCCUUCAUCAAAAUAGAACAACGUUUGGAGAUUUUGCUUGAGGCGAGGCGGUGGGUGUAUCAGAAUUCAGAUAGAGUAUUUCAGAAUCUGAUGCCAAAUCUGCAUGUGCUCGUUUAGGCAAGGGCAGGGAAAGGAGAGGGAAACAGAAACAACAAGGAAAACCAAUAAAAUAAAAAAGGGGUGCACAAAUCUGCAUGUCGGCAUACAAUGUGAAGUCAAGCUUGGCGGCCUCCCUUUUGCAUAUUCUAAGGAUUUUUCCUAGGAUGAUUCUCUUCUUUUCACUGGGAUAAGUGAAGGACAGCCGUGCUUAAUCUACAUUGAGGUUGCUGUCAGCGAAAGUCCACUAUCUGGACUGGUCAAGCCUGUGACUCGAAAUGCGAACUUGUAUCUCCAUGGCUACUGACCGCAUUCUUCGCACAGCUUGGGGAAUCUGACAAAUUAUGCCUCUUACUCUUACAACGGCAUAAACUUGGCAGCUCCGAGUCGUAGUUAGGACAGAGCUCUGGAUGUGCUAGGAGUUUGUCGAAGUACAAAGCGUGUGACAAGGGAAAAGCAGUCUUACUGCACGUUACUGUCAAGAUGUUGAUAUUUUGAUGAGAAGUGACUAGGCAAAUGAGCUUGACUGGAAUCUCAUAGUUGGAGAUGUCAAAAACUAGGCUACAGGAUACUAAGCCAGCAGGUCAAGGGAAUUCACUAUAGUUGGUUAUCAAUGGGUAUCAGAAACAGGUACAUUUUUGGGAAGAGCUAGCAUAGCUGGUCUGGAAAAGGCUGUUGAGGUGUUAGAUACCCUCGGGAGCAGCAUGACAAGUUUGAAUCCUGGCAGUGGCUUUCUCUCUGGGGGAACAAACCGGGGAAAUAAAGUCUGUAUUUUAGCAUUCGAAGUCGCAAAUACAAUAGCUAAAGCUUCUAGUUUAUGGAGGUCAUGCUCUGAUGAGAGUAUAAAAGAGCUUAAGGAAGAGAUUUUGCAUUCAGAUGGAGUGCGGAUAUUGGUUUCCUCAAAUACCAGUGAGCUGUUGCAAAUUGCUGCUGUUGAUAAAAGGGAAGAACUUGCCGUCUUUUCAAGAGAAGUCAUACGGUUCGGCAACCUCUGUAAAGAUCCUAUAUGGCAUAACUUGGGACGAUAUUUCGACAAGUAUGGGCCUGAAAAGUUAACGUCAGAUAAUACGCCUCAGGACCAUUCAAAGGAGAAUAUGGAGGCUACUGUCCAGAAUUUGAUUAAUUUGGCACAAAACACUUCUGAGCUCUACCAUGAACUGCACGCUCUGGACAGAUUUGAGCAGGAUUUUAAAAGGAAAUUUCAUGAAGAGGAGUCCGUGCCAGCGGCCAGACGAGAGAGCAUUAUGAUAUUGCAUAGUGAACUAAAGCGCCAGAGGAAGAUCGUGAAAAAUCUGAAGAAGAAAUCCUUGUGGUCUAAGACUUUGGAAGAGGUUGUGGAAAAACUUGUGGACAUUGUAAUAUUUUUGCAUAAACAAAUCCGAGAUUCGUUUAAUGAAGCUGUUCAUGCAGGAACCAACUUCUUCGACUCCGAGCAUACUCAGAACAAAAGGCUAGGUUCCUGUGGUCUGGCUCUACAUUAUGCUAACAUCAUCAAUCAAAUUGAAAAUAUAGUUUCUCGGCCCCUCUCACUUCCUCCUAGUUCUAGAGACAAUUUGUACCAUGGUCUGCCAAAAACAGUAAAGUCAGCUCUGCGAUCACGACUGCAAUCAUAUAACACCGAAGAAGAGCGUACGGUAGCUCAAAUCAAAGCUGAAAUGCAGAAAACUCUUCGCUGGCUUCUGCCAAUAGCAGAAAAUACACUACGAGCACACCAAGGGUUUGGAUGGGUCGGCGAAUGGGCAAACCUUGGGAGCGACAUGAUCAAGAAAUCUGGUUCCCAGCACAGCAUCACCCGCAUCCAGACGCUGCAUCACGCCGACAAGGCGAAGACGGAGCAGUACAUCCUCGAGCUGGUGGUGCUGCUCCAUCAUCUGGUGGUCCAGGUGAAGAACCGCGGCUACGGGAACAAAUCAACCAAGCACGAGCGGUCCCGAUCCAACAAGGGGCUGGACCUGCAACCCGAGACCAGGCACACCACAUCUCCCGUGAACAAUGGCAUCGCCCUGAGCCCGUUCUCGGACUGCGAGCGCGCGGCCCUGGACCACCUGAGCUUCAAGAGGGCGAGCUACGGGAGGAGCCAGAGCUGCGAGCCCCCGCCCGACAGAGGGAACAAGGCGCACCGGAGCUGGGACUCGUGCCGGAGCCAGGGCAGCUCGCCGGCGAGGGAGUUCGGCAGGAACCCGGGCCUGGACCGUGACACGGCGAGGGACCUUGAUGUAAUCGAUGGCUUGGAUAGACUGACUUCGUACUCGCACCCGUCAUCCCCAACGUUUUGCUAGAUGGUAUAGUAGGCGCUGAUUCUUUUGCUGCCGCUGCUGCUGCUGCUUUGCCCGGCUCAUCGUAUACCUUGUAUAUGUGUGAUUUGUCUAUAUAUUAUCGUAGUCCAUCUCUGUAAAUAUAUGAUUUCAUAUUGUAGCUUGCGAUUGAGUGGAGGUAUAGAAAAGUUUUGUUUGAAUGAUUUGAAUCUCA